UUUGAAGUGAUUUUCUGGGCUUUCAAAUAUUAGAAGAAAAAAAAAAAGAAAACACCCCAGAAAAUCAUUUUCAAGAAUUUUCAAUAAAAUAAUUUUUCUAUUCAUCCAAUCAACCGUGUAAUGAUCUUAAAAGUUUUUAAUUAACUACAUGUUAUAAGUCAGCAUAAUUAUUUAGGAGGAAUGGCAAUUUUUGAGUGGCGAAAGUUCAAUUUCUUCGAUUUGAAGAGCAAUGCUGAUGGUGGCAGUGUGUCGAAGGUGCUGAAGGAUGCAGAGAUCUCAUGCGCUACAAAUGGCAGCAAUCAAAUCUUCCUCUGUGAUUCAUCUGGAAAUGUUCACAUAUUUGGUCGAACAUGGGGUGUAGCAUCUUUUAAAGCUCACGAGGGGUGCGUGUUACUGUGCAAAUUCUCUCGACAGAGCAAUCUACUGAUCACUGUGGGUGCCGACGAUGGGGGUUCACCUGAUCUGAAAGUUUGGAAUUUGAGUGGGAAGCCCACAAAGGAGGGAAAUCCAACAUGUUUGCGCACAAUGAAGACUGCCCUACAGCGACCCACUGCUCUCGGGGUAUCCGAUGGGGGGCAGUACAUGGCAAUUGGCUUCGAUAAGGGCAGCAUUUCCCUCUAUAGGGGUGACAUUGCUCGUGAUCGUAGCAAGGCAAUGAAGACUCUCUCCGGUGGAACAUCAGCAAUCACAGGGAUUGCCUUCAAGAUGAUAACGAAAAUUGCCCAAAUGUUUGUCUGUUCCGAUUCCGGGGUCAUUAUGUACAAUCUCCACAGUCGCGAUAAGGAGUUGAAAGUUGUCUUGGACUCAGAUCCCAAACCAAUCCGAUGCUGUGUCCUCCAGAGUGGGCAAAAUGGUGAUGGACAUUUUAUGGUCGGAAAGGAUGAUGCUGUUUAUUGCUACACAUCAGAUGAUCGAGCCUCUUGCUAUGCACUUGAUGGUGAAAAAUCCAUCUUGCAGUGGUUCCGCACUAAUUUGUUGGCCGUUUCAAAAUCAUCAAAAAAUUCAAUGUCCUUACAAAGAGAUUCCUUACUAACUGUUAUUGAUAUUCAAAACAAGUUUAUCGUCUUUUCCACACCAAUUGAUGCUGUUGCAGCAAUUGUCGUUGAAUUCGGCACAUGCUACGUUAUAACAAAAUCAAAGGAAGUUUUCCAUUUGGACGAAAAGGAUUUGCAGAGUAAAUUGAAUUUACUCUUCAAGAAGAAUUUGUAUGAUAUUGCUGUGAGGAUAGCAAAGAGUAGUCAGUAUGAUUCAGAGGGUUUAGCCGAAAUAUUCCGUCAAUAUGGUGAUCAUUUGUACAGCAAAGGUGAUUUUCCGGGAUCUGUUGAACAAUACACAAGGACAAUUGGUUACCUUGAACCAUCGUAUGUUAUCAGGAAGUUCCUUGAUUCACGUCACAUCACCUGCCUCACGGACUAUCUGCAGCAUUUGCAUAAGGUGGGUCAUGCAACGGCAGAUCAUACAACACUCCUCCUGAAUUGCUUCACGAGAUUGGAUCAAACGAACAACUUGAAGGAUUUCCUGAGCAAUGAUGCAAAUCCUGAUUUAAUAUUUGACUUGGAUGUUGCCAUUAAAGUGUGCAGAACGGCUUCCGUUGAGCAUGCUUUGGCACUUGCAAAGAGGAAUAGAAAGCAUGAUUUUGCCAUUAGUAUCCUAACGGAGGACAUGGAAGCCUUUACAGAAGCUCUUGAGUAUAUUUCGGGGUUGUCCUUUGACGAUGCUGAUCGGAGUUUGAAGAAAUAUGGGUAUUUGCUGAUGGAACGUAGCCCAGUGGAAAUGACGACGCUCCUGAAGAAGCUCUGUACGGACUAUACGCAAAACAAGCGAAAUGGGCAGGAACUCAUUGAUACCAAUUUGCACAUUGAUCGUGGAAGUCCUGAGGACUUUAUUCAUCUCUUUGGGCAGGAUACGCGACAUUUGGUGGAAUUUCUUGAGCAUCUCGUGUUGAAUGUUUCAAAUUGUAGCUGUUUGGUGUUCAAUACACUCAUUGAGAGCUAUUUAACAAUGUGGACGAAGGAUGCAAGUGUUGAGGAUCGAAUUAUUGACAUUCUGCACAAGUAUCAAGGAUCCUACGAUAGGAAUCACAUUGUUAUCCUCUGUAGGACAUACAAAUUCUGGCCAGGUGUGAUGUUUAUCUACGAAGAGGAGCAACUAUAUCAUCUAAUUGUUCGGCAUCAUCUCAAGAAUCGCGACUACAAUCGCCUUCUUGAUACCUGUCGUCGUCUUGGUGCACUCCAGCCACAGCUAUGGCUGCAGGCACUCACGGGAUUGCGUAGCGACAAGACAGCCCCGUCGAAUCUCCUCUCGCAAAUCCUCCAUGUGAUUGCGCAGGAGAAACUCCAAUCCCCAUUGCAGGUGCUAAAUUGCUUAGCCGUUGGGAAUGGUCCGAAUUUGGCGUCUGUUCGCGAGUACUUCCUGCAAGUUUUCCAGAAGGAAGAGGACAGUUUUAGGGAGGAAGAUCAACAAGUGGAGAAGUACCGAAAGGAUUCGGUGGCCCUAAAGCGACACAUUAAGAGCCUACAGGAGGAUCCAAUUGAAUUUCGUGGAACAAUCUGCAACAAUUGUCAUCAACCACUCAGUAUUCCUGCCAUUUAUUUCCUCUGUCAGCAUUCAUACCAUCUUGACUGCGUUAAAGGCUAUUCGGAGAAUGAUAAAGACUGCCCUGCAUGCCAUACGAAGAAUAUGCAAAUUUUGGACUCACUCAGAGCACAAAGUGAAUCACGUGGGAAUCACGAAGCUUUCCACAAUCUUCUGGAUCGAUCACCGGAACCCUUUUCAAUCGUUGCUGAAUACUUUGGACGGGGACUUUUCAAUAAAAUUGUCAUUGUUGAGGAAAAUUCCAACAUUGAGACAAUUAAACCAACAAUUGGAGAUCGUGGUGGUGCGAUCAAUUUGAGUGAUUCGCGGGUUAAAGUAACCCCCUCACCUGUUAAUAGUUCAGGAUCUACCUACGGAACUGGUGCUGAGGCACGAAUGCGUGUCCAGGAAAUCCAAUCAAGUAAAGUAGACAUUCCAAUAGCCGAGGGACGAAUGAGAGCUCAGGAACGCCAAAGAAAUCGCGAAAAUGUCUACUCAUCGAGUUUAGAAGCAAAUUUAACAUGGCGCAAGGAUGUUAAUUCAAAGACACCUCCCAUUGGGAGCCCAAGACGUCCAGCAACAAAUGCAAUAUCAAAAAAUUUAGCCACAAACAAACCCAAAAAUCCCUUUGAUGAUGAUGAAAUUGAAUAUGAUGAAAGUAAAAAUCCCUUCGCCGAAGAUGACGAUGGAAGUCUUUCCGUGGGAAAUGAAGCAUCAACAAAUCCUUUUGAUGACUACGACAGUAAUUUAAAUCCAUUUGAAUAAAAUGUGGGCAACAACACCAAAAUUAUUAAUAAAAAAAAAGAAGUAAUUUGAAAUGAGAAGAAGAAAGGGUUGGAAAAAGAAUGAAUUAAAUUUAAUCUGUUGAAAUUUAUAUUAUUAUUCAUUUAAAAAAGAAGAGCAGUUUAUAAACUACAUUAUAUACAAAAUUUCUCGACAAUUAAAGGUUUUUUUUUACAAUAUACAGCUUAAUCUGCAAUACAAUUUAUUGAAAUAUUAAAUAUAAUUUAUCUACACCUCAAUAUUAUUUAGUAUAGACAAUUAUGUAAAAUGUGAAAAGUUUGUAAUAAAUAAUCCAACAUUCAGA